AUUAAAAAACGAGUCUAUUUAAAACAGUAAUAAGAUGACAAUAGAAAUGAUAAAUAGGAAAUAAAAUAAUCCCUGGAAUGACAACAAAUCAAAGUGUUAAAAACGUAAUUCACCGUAAAACGUUUCACCGUCCCAGGUGGAGGGUUAUAUUUUGAAUUUAGAAACCGGAAGUGAAGUUGGCCAUCGUUGACCAACUUGACAGAGUCCGAACAGCCACCCGGCGGUAGCUGAAGGAAUCUGGCUGACACGUCGGUGUGACCAGCGAGUCACUCAGUAAAAAAACACACUCGUGGAGGAGGCCGCAGAGAGCACAAAUAUCCAGCCUUCACCACAGCGGGAACAGAGACUUCGUCGGCAGGGAAAACAGGACGUUAUCAUGAUGGCAGUCCUGGGCAGCGCCGGUCGCUUGAUCCAACUUGCCAGGAGCAGUGUCGGUCUGGGUGUGAGGAGACACUCCACUGCCGCUGCUUUAGCCCAGACGUCCACUCCAGUAACACAGAACAACAGGAAACCUAAAACGGGCAUUUUGAUGCUAAACAUGGGAGGGCCUGAGAAACUAGAAGACGUGCACGACUUCUUGCUGCGGUUGUUCCUUGACACAGACCUGAUGAAACUCCCCGUACAGAGUAAGCUCGGCCCGUUCAUCGCCAUGCGUCGCACGCCAAAGAUCCAGGAGCAGUACAGCAAGAUCGGAGGAGGCUCGCCCAUCAAAUACUGGACCUCCAUGCAGGGGGAGGGCAUGGUGAAGCUGCUGGAUGAGAUGAGUCCCGAGACGGCUCCUCACAAGUUCUACAUCGGUUUCCGGUACGUUCAGCCGCUGACGGAGGAGGCCAUCGAGGAGAUGGAGAAGGAUGGAGUGGAGCGAGCCGUGGCCUUCACUCAGUACCCUCAGUACAGCUGCUCCACCACAGGCAGCAGUCUGAAUGCCAUCUACCGUUACUACAGCAAUAGAGGCGACAGGCCAAAAAUGCGCUGGAGUGUCAUUGACCGUUGGCCCACACACCCUCUGCUGGUGGAGUGUUUUGCAGAUCACGUCCGUAACGAGCUGCUGAAGUUUCCAGAAGAGAAGAGGGACGAUGUUGUCAUUCUCUUCUCGGCACACUCAAUCCCCAUGGCUGUUGUAAACCGAGGCGACCCGUAUCCUCAGGAAGUGGGGGCCACCGUUCAGAGAGUCAUGGAUCGACUGGGACACUGUAACCCUUACAGACUAGUGUGGCAGUCCAGGGUGGGGCCCCUGCAGUGGCUCGGCCCCCAGACGGGCGACGUGAUCAAAGGCCUGUGUGAGCGAGGGAAGAAGAACAUCCUGCUGGUGCCCAUCGCCUUCACCUCCGACCACAUAGAGACUUUACAUGAGCUGGACAUCGAGUAUGGACAGGUGCUGGGGGAGGAGUGUGGGGUGGAGAACAUCAGACGAGCGGAGUCGUUGAACGGGAACCCUCUCUUUAUGGAGGCUCUGGCAGACCUGGUCCAGUCCCACCUGAAGUCCAACGAGCCCUGUUCUCGUCAGCUGACCCUCCGCUGCCCGCUGUGCACCAACCCCACAUGUGGAGAGACCAAGGCCUUCUUCGCCAGCCAGAUACUCUCAUAGAAACAAACACACACACUCAGGUGCCCUUCAUGCAGCAAAGCUACCUGAGAAGAAACUUAAGGCCUUCUCUGAUAAACAGAUGACUCUCUCUCUCUCUCUCACACACACACACUCUCUCUCUCUCUCUCCAGCUGGAGGGUCAGUUAGUUAGAAAACGGGACAAAAUGGUUUUUGUGAAAGCUUGGGAGUUUAACCACAGCAAGUACUUUUUUUUAAAAGGAAAAAUUCCCCUUGCCUUCUCUUCCGCCACUUGACAUCAUUGCCCCCCACCCCCUGCCUGCCAUCUUCGCAAUGUGAUUGGAGGAGGAUGUUGGUGCUCAAAACGCUGCUGCCUGAUAAGUGGAUACCCCUGCGCUUUGGAGAAAGGUAACAAAUUAAAAUCGCUGUCUUGAAAGAUAGCUACUUUAGGAAUUCAAGAAAGUUUUCUUUAAGGUUUAUAAAUAAGGAUUAGUUAUUUGGUUAAUCCUGCAUCUAUUCUAUGACAGUAAAACUGUGCAGUUGUAGUCCAUCUACGAUAACUAAAUUAAUCAAAUUUAUAAAGUGGCAAUAAAUAUUGUGUGGGAUACUGUGAGAUGGUUUACAAGCUAGCAGAACACAUUUUUCUUAACAAAUCAAAAGCAUGUUCAUGUUAUUGUUUUACUUUUUCUUUUUCCAUAUACAAGAUGUAAGAGCAGGAAACAAUGUCACUGAAGACAAAGAGUAGAAUAGCAUAAAAUGACAAUGCCGCUGGAAUUGUCAUUAAAUAGCAAGAUGCAGUAUGUGUUAAAUUUCAAGAUUAUAAUUUUAACGUAGUUUGACUCUGACUUGGAUCGGCCUAAACCCUCAAUGCAGGCUUUUUUAAUCCACUCACACUUCCCUGAUUGCACUAAAUGUGAGAAACUAAUCGAAUUAGUUGAUUGGUGCUACAGCUAAAAAGUUGGAUCCCAUCCGCUGUCCCAUUCGGGGAUAGGACUCCCUAAUGAAGUGUGCACUAUUUAUGGGUAACUUGAGUUUUGACCUCUGGCCCUUUCUCCCUUUACUGUUUUCGUCGUCCUAUGCGAUGAUAAUGUGCCUUUAACACUGGCUAUUUAGAAACACUGGAUUUUAUUUUCUUCUUUUUUUCGUGAGCUUAACCAAGACGCUGACGGGGGAAAAAACAUCUCGAAAUCUGAAUUGACAUAUUCCUGCUGUGAAUUUAGCCAUCGGCUGCUUGUAUUUUUGCUAAAGAGUUAGCAGCGCCCUGGUUCCCUCAACAGAAAGCCAGUGAGAUUUUUCCACGGGCUUUUGAAUUAUUGAGAAAAAUUAGCUUUUACUUUUGCAGGAGCUUGUCUCACUCAGAUCUGCCUUUUUUUCCAGUCAGUACAGACAGCGUACAUUGGUGCUUUCAGAUGAGAUUGCUGUUGCAACUAAUAUUCGCACUCAAUACAAAUAUUGUUACUUUGUGCUUUUAAUGCUCUUCCACAAGUUUGAAAGGAGAUGAUUUUGUUUUUGAAGAAUGCUUUACCCGAAGUUCUCUGUUUUAGGUAUCUGCAUGCACAGCUGAAGGUAUUCUUAUGGUGGCAUUAGCAUAGCUUAGCUCAAUUACUGGAUGUGAGUGGGUUCUAGUGGGAGCUCUGUGUAAAGAAGCAUUUGUCCCUUUUUUUGUGUAGAGAUGCUACCUGAUCCAACCGACAUUAGGUUAAGCUAAGCUAACCUCGUUGUGAUAUGAUACCGUGGGACUAAGGAAAAAUUAUUCUAAAGCUCAAGGGAUGGCAAAAUGUUCACCUCAGGGCACGAACACGCUAAUGUCUGUGAAGGCCGGGUUUUCCCUCCCGACAUGUCUUCUUAUUUAUUUUUUAAUUAUCCUCUGUUUUGACAAAUCUGUGUGCAUUUAGCAGGGUUCAUGUUUUUUACACAUAAUAAAGACACUGACAGAUUUUUUGCAGCUUUGGUAUACUCUAUUGUUUUUUCAUUAUUUCUUUUUGUCUUUUUGAUUGUGUUCCAGACCAAACAAAUCAUCUUGUCUCUGCUGCUAUAACACGUUUUCUAUAUGUAUAUUUGAGACGCAUGGUAUUAGCAGUGCGUUACACAUAAUGAGUCUUCUUUAAAAAUACAAAUAAAUAAAAAGAUGUGUUUUUGAGUGUUAGUUGAGCCCCUAUUGACCACAUCAAAGUCAGGAUAAACUGCUGCAAAUCUCAUCUUCAAUGACUUUUCCCUGAAGUUCCACCAUUUGGAAACCAGUUGUUCACACAGUUGAAAAAGCUCAGUGUCAUGGGGGGGGGGGGGGGGAAUCUAGGACGACCCCUUAUGAAGGCUCUCCUGAAGGUUUCUUCCCCUUUUUUCCUUGUGAAAGUUUUUUUUCUAUUUCUUGGGAGCUUUUCCUGAUCCGAUGUGAGGUCCUGGGACCCGUAUGUCGUAUGUGUACAUAUUGUAAAGCCCUUUGAGGCAAAUUUGUUGCUUGUGUUAUUGGGAUAUACUAAAUAAACUGAAUUAUCACUCGAUAGUAUAGCGUGUGAACAGGA